GUGAGCAGUCACGGUGGAGGUAGAGUGUGGCUGCUGUAGGGCAGGUGGAGGUAGAGUAUGGGCCUGUUGCUUUAGCUGCUUGAGGCGUUUUAGAUAAGAACAGAUGCGGGUAGGGUGUCUCUGAGGUGAGUGCACCUGCGCACUAGGACCCUGCCGGUUGGGGCAGGGUGCGGGGAGGGGACAGGGGACUGGUGUGUUAUAAAAGAGCCAGCCUGCACAAAAGUGGACGCGGUUGGCUUGGCUCCCAACACAACCUGAGCCCAGCUGCAGUGAGGAGGAGUCUACAGGUGAGGAGGAGUCUGCAGGAAUUUGAGAUGCUGAGUUAUGGAUGUGGAGGGAUGGAAAGCCAGAACCCCUGGGGUUCCAAGUGCAAGGGAGUGUGGGGCCUGGACAUCUGAGUCCCCAGCACAGGAGGCCCUUCCUCUGUGGCAGCCACAGAGACUCAGACAGGACACAUGGCAGGUCCCCUGCUCCAGCCCCUGCUGCUCCUACUGCUGUCCUUCGCCCUGGGAUCUGCUGGACAAGAAGCCCACGGCAACGGGGAAAGGAUUGUUAAUGGAGCGCCGUGCUCAAGAGGCUUCCACCCCUGGCAGGUGGCCCUGAUGCGCGGCAGGGACACGCAGUGCACGGGGGUGCUGAUCCACGCGCAGUGGGUGCUCACCGUGGGCCACUGCCGACAGCUUGCCUACAACGUGCAAAUGGGCAGCGAUGUGUUGAAUGACCCCAACGCCCAGGUGAUCAGGGCCACGGAGUCCUUCGUCUACCCCCAGUUUGACGGCGCCAAGAAGGUGCAUGACAUCAUGCUUGUGAAGCUGAGCCGCCCGGCCACGCUGUCAUCCACCGUGAGGACACUCGCCAUUUCUCCCAAAUGCACGAGCCCUGGGACCACGUGCUUGGUUUCCGGCUGGGGCAGCACCACCGGCAGCCCUUUUGAGACCUAUCCAUCAGAGCUCAUGUGCACAAAUGUCACCAUCAUCCGCCUGGAGGACUGCCGGAGGCACUUCCUGUACCUGAAGAGGCAUUACAUGGUCUGCGGUGGCACCCACACCAGCAACACCAACGCCUACGUGGGGGACUCAGGGGGACCACUGGUGUGCAACGGCGCCCUGCGAGGCCUAGUGUCCCGGGGACCUUCGACUCCAUCCCUGAACCCCGUUGUCUUCACGGCAAUAUGCAGAUACACCCAAUGGAUAGAGGACACCAUGAGAAGAUAUUCCUAAUCGAUCAUACGCCCAUCUCGCUUCCUAUACCCUGAACAGGAAACUCACAGAAAUAAAGCAUCAAUGAUAUAAAAUCA